AUGGCGAUGACAUUCACAGAAGAUAGCAUCAAGGAACUUCGAUUGCGGCUGGAGGAUGCGGUGGUAAAAUGUUCGGAGCGCUGUCUUUAUCAGUCUGCAAAAUGGGCCGCAGAAAUGCUCAAUUCUCUCGUAUCCACCGACGGCAACGAUACAGACGCUGAAUCGCCCAUGGAAACCGAUCCGCAACCGAACGUGAAUCCAUUCAGCCCUCAAUCAGAUCCCACUGAAGCUACUCUAGAAUUACAAGAAGCGCACAAAUACCUUCUAGCAAAAUCCUACUUUGACACUCGAGAAUAUGAUCGAUGCGCUGCCGUCUUCCUUCCUCCUACAAUACCACCCGUGCCUCUUUCAACCGUGUCUCCAAAUGUUAAGAGCAGAACAUCAUUGACGCCACAGAAAGGGAAAAGAAAGUCCUUCGUACGACCAGGAUCCAAAGCCGGUCAGGCGCUACCCCGAAAUCCAUAUCCGAUCCUCAGUCAGAAAUCCUUGUUCUUAGCACUAUAUGCCAAAUAUUUAGCAGGAGAGAAGCGAAGGGAUGAAGAAACCGAGAUGGUUCUGGGGCCUGCAGAUGGUGGUAUGACCGUGAAUCGAGAGCUACCGGAUCUUGCGCGAGGGUUAGAAGGAUGGUUUGCGGAGCGGCGAGAUCGGGGAUUGCAGGACCGUGGUCAGGGAUGGCUAGAGUACUUGUACGCGGUCAUUCUUAUAAAGGGCAAGAAUGAGGAGGAAGCGAAAAAAUGGUUGGUGCGGAGUGUACAUCUGUUUCCGUUUCAUUGGGGCGCAUGGCAAGAAUUGAAUGAUUUGCUACCAAGCGUUGACGAUUUGAAACAAGUCGCGGAGACGCUUCCACAGAACAUCAUGUCCUUUAUUUUCCAGGUCCAUUGCAGCCAGGAACUGUAUCAAGCCACUGAUGAAACCCACCAGACACUUAAUGGUCUCGAGUCUAUUUUCCCGACCAGCGCAUUCUUGAAGACCGAAAGAGCUCUUCUUUACUAUCACUCAAGAGACUUCGAAGAUGCAUCGGCCAUAUUUGCGGAUAUCCUUAUUGAUUCCCCCCAUCGCUUAGACAGUCUUGACCAUUACUCCAACAUUCUCUACGUCAUGGGAGCUCGACCCCAGCUCGCAUUCGUCGCUCAACUAGCCACAGCGACAGACAAAUUCCGACCAGAGACCUGCUGCGUGGUUGGGAACUACUACUCGCUAAAAUCCGAACACGAAAAAGCAGUUAUGUAUUUCCGACGAGCUCUCACUCUCGACCGCAACUUCCUAUCAGCCUGGACACUCAUGGGCCACGAAUACAUCGAAAUGAAAAACACCCACGCCGCAAUCGAGUCCUACCGCCGCGCCGUCGACGUAAACCGCAAGGAUUACCGCGCCUGGUACGGUCUGGGCCAAGCAUAUGAAGUCCUCGACAUGUGCUUUUAUGCCCUGUACUACUAUCAACGCACUGCUGCAUUGAAGCCCUACGACCCCAAGAUGUGGCAAGCUGUGGGCACAUGUUAUGCGAAAAUGAACAAGAUACCGCAGAGCAUCAAAGCAAUGAAACGUGCUCUGGUCGCCGGUGCAUACUACGAGCAAAGCGCCGAUGCUGCAUCUGCCGACCACCCUACAGCAGGACGGAAGAUUCUUGAUCCGGAUCUACUUCACCAGAUUGCCUUACUCCAUGAGCGAUCGGACAAUGAGGAUGAAGCCGCGGCGUAUAUGGAAUUAACUUUGCAACAAGAGAGCGGCGAAAUCGAGCGCACCGAGACAGACUCUGAAGACGAUGAUGGUGAUGAAAACUCAGACGAUGAUACGACCACUCAACCUCGUUCUCGACGACGACGACGUCAGAAGAGCAGCAGAGAUGACGAUAACGAGGUUGAAGCCGUCGGUGGUACGGGCGUUACGGCGACAACAUCCAAGGCACGACUGUGGCUUGCUCGCUGGGCACUUAAACAUGGAGAUCUGAAUAGAGCGGAUCAGUUGGCUGGUGAGCUGUGUCAGGACGGGAUUGAAGUUGAAGAAGCCAAGGCUUUGAUGAGAGAUGUCCGCGCGAGGAGGGAAGGUGGAGGAGGAGGAUGA